GCGUACAUCUUAUAUUGAUAUCAAUACAUUAUUUUAAUAAAUUAAUGUUAAUGAGCUAUUUCAAUUAAUAUUAAUGAAUUAUUUUAAUAAAUUAAUGUUAAUAAGUUAUUUCAAUUAAUAUUAAUGAAUUAUCUUAAUAAAUUAAUAUGAUUGUGUAUGAAGUGGAGUCGACGAUGAUGUCACGUAGUGCAACUGUGUUGGUGGCUGGAGCUGCUACUGUUGGAUGUUACGGUUCUGACUUUUUUGCAAUGACUUGGAAAUUCAAGGGGCUGAUAGUAACAGAUGGUCCUCGGCAUGUGUUCCAUCAGUCAAGUUCAACGAUCAGACAGUGGAACGUAUGAGUGCAUAGCAUCCAAUGAGAAGUACCGUGUGUCAGCAUAUGCUACUCUUACUGUAGAAUAUGCACCAGUGAUUGUAAACAGUCCUGAAAAUGUUGACAUUCCAGCAGGUUAUGAUGCACAAUUUCAGUGUAAUGUUAGUGGGCAACCAAACCCCACAGUGUCAUGGCAACACAAUGAUGAAAAUCUCAAUCGUGUUUUGCUUCGUUAUCGAGUUAGAGAAGUGGGUGGUGUUCACACACUGACGACUAACAGUGUAAUGAAUGCAGACAAUGGACAAUACACUUGCUCAGUAACCAAUACGUAUGGGACGGUGAGGAGUUCUGCAGAGUUAACAGAUCAAGCACCCAAUCUACUCAAGCUCUAGUACGUAGCAACUCUGACACCUCAGGAUUCAUACAGUCAUCAUCACCAUCCUCAAUCCAUACCGAAUCAUACACAAUCACAUUCUACAGCACCACAGCCUCCACCACUCCAACAACCAACAACAACUUGUUCGUAGACACGAGCAACAACUCAUACCAACGUGCGAUGGAAUCCGUCCGAGAAAUUGAUCAGGAAAACGACCAACAAGACGACAACAGAGACGACAUGACUGACCAAAUGGCUAACCAAAUAUCCUGUGAAGUCGUUGACCAAACAACCAAUCAAUGGCUGACCAAAUGGCUGACCAAAUGGCUGAGCAAACGACUGAUGUGAUUUUGGAUGUUGACACUGUGAAUGCCAUGAAUUCAAGCAUGCGCAGUCGGUCAGAGUUGGAGUCUCGUUCGUCUCGAUCGUCUCAAGAAAGUGUCAACUGAUCGACUAGUCCGCCCUUAGGCUCUCACCUCAUAUAAUUAUUUCCUCCCUCUUAGUGUAUUUAUGCUUCCUUCUAAUGUAGUUGUGUUCACUCCCUUGAGUUGUUAUGCUCAUUCGUUAAUGUGGGUGCAUGUAUUGUAUCUAGGGAUCGAGAUAUUGUGUUGUACAUAUGGAGUCAAGCUAACAGUUUGUCAAAUUUAUUGAAGUUGGCAAUCUGAUUGGACAUAGAUGUAGCAAUUGUUAAUGCUAUUUGGUGAAUGCGUUGAUUGCAGUUGUGACAUUUUUCUUGUGCAGGAAUGUUAGAGUUUUUGGUAUUGAUAUCAAUCAUGUAGCUGGUGAC